CAAAAAGUCUUCACUCUCACUACUCAAUCCGACUGCACAAUGCGAGAUUGCUUCUUCAACGACCUCGCCGGUGGUCAGAUGGAUAUUCCAUUCCGGGCUUCAGGCCCUCUUCCCCCAGCUCCUGAAGCCGAUCCAAUUGCACCUGGAAACCGUCCUCCACCUCCCUCUCCUCAGCCACCUGAGCCUGAACAAGAGCAAAGCGUCCAUGUCCCCUCUGAGGAAAUUGAAGAUGAACCCGUGGAAGAAUUCUUCACACCACCAGAGACAUCCCCCUCGAGCAUGGCCCAAGCCCAAGCCCAAGAAAACGUGGGACAAGAGCUGCCAAUCACUACUCCUGAAAUUACCGUGACACAGCCGUCUCAGUCUGAUUCUGAUACAAUGUCCCUCAUUUACAAUAUUUUGGUACAUAACAGCUAUCAGCCUCCAAUGCCAGUGCCGGCUCCAGCGUUUCAUCCAUUGAGUCCGCUGCCUCCGCAGGGGGGACAGCCAGUCUUGGAAGAUCCACCUCCCAGGGCAUACCCGUAUCCAGAUCCUUUUUACGCCCGUCUACCACCUAAUAGGGGCCGGAUUAUGCCGACGUCGGUGCCAGAGUCUACUUCGGCGCCCGUACUCCCACAGAGUCUACCGAAUUGGGAUGAUCUACUUGGACAGAAUUCGGGAGAGACGGCACAAGCUCAGGCGCACAGGAUGGCACAGCUAGAGGCACGACGCGAGAGGCGACGCCUUUACAUUGAACAAUGGGGCAAACUACGGCAACGGCAUCAGCAGCGGCAGCAGCAACGGCAGCAGCAACAAGCCGGGACCGAAUCGCAGAUCCCAAGCGACGGACCCAGUGAGAUUCCCCGGGCUAGAUACAGACUAGGUGGUUCACGUAUUGUCCAAUCUACAGAGGCAGGAGGUAGUGAUCGUGUCGAACAAUCUGGUACAGUUGUAUCAGAUGCUGAGGGUUUAAUGGGGCCAUCCCGAGAGGUGGCCCACGCCUUCCCGUCUCCAAUAGGUCAUUAG